CCAGCAGCCCCCCGGAGAAGCGCGUCCCUCUCUGGGUCCCCAGGACCACAAUUCCCAGGCGCUCCAGCUUCGCGGCCGUUCUCUUUCCAUUCGGAAUCUCCCGGCGCGGGCUGGCCUCCCGGCGGCCUGUAGCUGCCCAGCGGCGACGCGCCCAGUCGAGAGCCGGCUGGGGGCGUCCCGGGCGGCCCGUCCUCGUCCCCCCUCCGCAGGCCGCGGCGGCUGGCCUGAGCGGUGACCUGGCGGGCCGCGCCUGCGCUCUGCCCCGUUUCCUGCCUGGCUGGUGGCGGCGGCCAUUUUGUCCAUCCUCCUCCUCCUCCUGCUCCUCCUGGUUGGAGCGCAGCGUCCGGAGCGGGCUGGGGGGAGAGAGGCCUAGAGCGGGGUUCGGUCCCGUCUCCUCUGUCCCCGGCCGGUGUCCGGAGCCCCCCUCCCCUUCCUCCCCGCCCCCUCCCCUCCCCAGCCCUGCCCUCCCCCUUGUCCCGGGAUCGCUCCGUCGCACCCACCAUGAUGGAAGACGACGGGCAGCCCCGGACUCUAUAUGUAGGUAACCUCUCCAGAGAUGUCACGGAAGUCCUCAUACUUCAGUUAUUCAGCCAAAUUGGACCCUGUAAAAGCUGUAAAAUGAUAACAGAGCACACAAGCAAUGACCCAUACUGCUUUGUGGAAUUUUACGAGCACAGGGACGCCGCUGCAGCAUUAGCUGCUAUGAACGGAAGGAAAAUUUUGGGCAAGGAGGUCAAAGUAAACUGGGCAACAACACCAAGUAGCCAGAAAAAAGAUACUUCCAAUCACUUCCAUGUGUUUGUUGGGGACUUGAGUCCAGAAAUUACUACAGAAGAUAUCAAAUCAGCAUUUGCCCCCUUUGGUAAAAUAUCGGACGCCCGGGUAGUUAAAGACAUGGCAACCGGGAAAUCCAAAGGCUAUGGUUUUGUAUCUUUUUAUAACAAACUGGAUGCAGAGAAUGCAAUUGUGCACAUGGGAGGACAGUGGUUGGGUGGUCGUCAGAUCAGAACCAAUUGGGCCACGCGUAAACCACCUGCACCUAAAAGUACACAAGAAAAUAACACUAAGCAGUUGAGAUUUGAAGAUGUCGUGAACCAGUCAAGUCCAAAAAAUUGCACCGUGUACUGUGGGGGCAUUGCCUCGGGGCUAACAGAUCAGCUUAUGAGGCAGACAUUCUCACCAUUUGGACAAAUUAUGGAAAUAAGAGUUUUUCCAGAGAAGGGCUAUUCAUUUGUCAGGUUCUCAACCCACGAAAGUGCCGCCCAUGCCAUUGUCUCUGUGAACGGUACUGCGAUCGAAGGACAUGUUGUUAAAUGCUAUUGGGGUAAAGAAUCUCCUGAUAUGACUAAAAACUUCCAACAGGUCGACUAUAGUCAGUGGGGCCAGUGGAGCCAAGUGUAUGGAAACCCUCAACAGUAUGGACAGUAUAUGGCAAACGGGUGGCAAGUCCCACCCUACGGAGUAUACGGCCAACCGUGGAAUCAGCAAGGAUUUGGAGUUGAUCAAUCACCUUCUGCUGCUUGGAUGGGUGGAUUUGGUGCUCAGCCCCCCCAAGGACAAGCUCCACCCCCUGUAAUACCUCCUCCUAACCAAGCUGGGUAUGGAAUGGCGAGUUACCAAACACAGUGAGCUCUGGGACUCUGAACAAAAUUGUAAUUCAUGAUAGCUUCAAUUUCCUGUGACACCCUGAAGACAUGAAAGUAGACAUCGGAAAACGGAAAUAUUUAUUUUAAAAAUCGAAAUGUUUGGAACCUUUAGCACAGCUUUGCUUUGGUGAAGGACACAUGUCUUCUAGUUCUGCCUUUUUAAGUUUUUGUUCAUGAUGGAUAUGAACAUGAUUUUCUUUGUGUACAAAAACUAAAAUAAAGUCAAUAAAGACGA